AUGGCUGACAGGGCUGCUCUGAUAGGCUGUAGCCAUGGCUGUUUGUGGCUGCCAAACCAACGUGCACGUUCGAAACCCCGAGCAAGGACUAACAGUCCCCCGCGGCAGAUCAUGACCCGCGACCCUGCGCACCGGCGAACCCCUCAACAUCCCCAACACCCCCAUUCACUGAGACUUGGACCACACCACGCUGCUGUACACGCCAACGCCCGUGACCACACGCGAGACGACGGUACGCUGCCCCACCCACGGCCGCUCUGUCGCGACAGGCCAAACGGUGAACGCCGCGCGGCGCGGGACCGGCAGCGAAAGUACGAACGGCGGACGGCGGACGGCGGACGGCAACACCCACCACCAACUGUGGAUGCCAGCAUGGAGCAACGCCGGCGACCCGAGUACAACCUCGACAUUUUCGCGGAUCUGGCAUGCGUGAAGGAUGUCGUCAAGGCCAUCCUGCACACCAUCUUCUUCCACCGCUACUUCACCUCGAUAUCGCCCCUCACCCGCGACCUGCUCGACCUCACGCUGCCCGCCAUCGACGACGUGGACCUGGAGACGCUGAUUGACCAGCGGACCAUAGCCCUGGUGCGAGCGAUCGAUAGCGCACACCAGCCAAGAGGAAGAGGCCAGCUGGUCGUGCAGUUCUUCGAGAAGAAGCGCAGGAAGACGUACUUCUUUGGCAAAGCAGACGAAGAUGUCUGUUGGGAGCAGUGGACCUUGGACGUUACGCUUGCUCAGCCCAGGACCGAGGCUGACGUCAUCAAGGUCCGCCGCGCCAUGACUAAGUCGCUCGAGAAAGCCGCACACAAGAUCAUUGGCAUCGUGAACCGCGACAAGGACCACAUCCCUCCCAUCACAACCACCGACGCAAAUCCUUUUCCCUACCACAUUAUCGUGAAUCCCAAACCUGUCCCCGAGAACGACUGGCGACCGCGCAUCGGCCUGUUCUAG